GCAUCCCCAGCGGCAUUUAUUGACCAAUGAGAGCAAGAGUUGCCUUUAGUCCCACCCUUCUAUAAACUAGCUUGCAAAAAGUCAACACUGUCACUGACAAAUCAGUCCGUCUGGAGGAACUUUACGUUACUAUCUGGGAGCAUUUGUUGCUCUUUAUCAUUUCUCAACAUGAGUGAUCCUUGGCAAGAGUGCAUGGAUCACUGUGUGGAGGUCACCAAAAAGGCUGGCAAGAUGAUUCGCGAGGCGCUUCAGGAGGACAUCGCCGUCAUGCAGAAGAGCUCACCAGUUGACCUGGUGACCGAGACGGACCAGAAAGUCGAACAGCUUAUUAUAUCCUCCAUCAAGGAAAAGUACCCCACUCACAGCUUCAUAGGUGAGGAGUCGGUAGCAGCAGGAGCUCCCAGUGUUCUAACUGACAAUCCCACUUGGAUCAUCGACCCUAUUGAUGGUACCACCAACUUUGUUCACAGGUUCCCAUUUGUGUCUGUGUCAAUUGGCUUCACUGUGAAGAAAGAGAUAGAGUUUGGGAUUGUCUACAGCUGCAUCGAGGACAAAAUGUACACGGCACGUAAAGGGAAAGGUGCAUUCUGCAAUGGAGACCCUAUUAAAGUGUCUGGACAGGAAGAUAUUAGCCAAUCUCUGGUACUGACAGAAAUGAACUACAAGAAGGAUCCUGAGCAUUUCAAAACAAUGUUGGCCAACAUCAAGAGCAUCGUCACCAUCCCUGUGCAUGGUAUGCGCUCCCCGGGCAGUGCCGCUGUCAACAUGUGUCUGGUAGCGUGCGGGUCGGCUGAUGCUUACUACCACAUGGGCAUCCACUGCUGGGACAUGGCGGGAGGUGCGGCGGUCGUUACUGAAGCCGGAGGAGUUAUCAUGGACAUCUCAGGUGGACCGUUUGAUGUGAUGUCUCGGAGGCUGAUCGUCGCCAGCAGCAGAGCAGUAGCAGAACGCAUCGCUAAGGAGAUAACAGAGUUUCAUGUCGGCAGGGACGACACAGAUGGCUAGUAAAUUCAUUUCCAUCAUCUCCUCGACCGACUUCACGGUUACUUAAUCACCCGACUGUUUAGAAUAUGACGGUCACGAUUCCGUCUUUGCCUUAUGAGUCAAACCCAUAAACUGACCUCUGAAGAACUGUCCACUGAAGUUUGUUAGUCAGCGCUUAAGACUUUAUAAGUUAUUUCUGCGCUUAGCCAUUCACACAUUCAUACUUUUUGUUCUAUUGUAUUUAGAUAUAUGAUAUUGUUUAUGCCUGUGUGUCCUAAUACACACUUAUAUACACCGUUAUUUAUUAUUUGUAUUCACUUAUGUGGACGAUGCAGUCAGAACAAGAUCAUUGAUGAAGUACCUCCAUAAUACAGCACUAUUAAUAUUCAUGUUUGGACCAAUGACGUUGCUUUUCCAGGUAGGAUUUGAGCUAUUAUUGUAUUUAAUUACAUGUAUUUUAAGACAUGUAAAUGAAUUUCAGUGCCAUCUCUAGUUUGCAUUACACCAAACUGUACUUAUAACUACUGUACUGUAUCACAUCUCAAUCAAGUCCAGAUUGAAAUACACUUAUGACGUUAAUGAAAUGUGUUUUUAUUAUCAUCAUGUGAGUUUUGAGAAAUAAAGAGCACUAUAAGUAUCUCCUGUUCAUUCCCUGCAGACGAUCGCAUGCGUCCACAUGUUGGCUUUACUCGUAAACUGAAGACCGUCUGAAGAUUCAUGCUGAAAAACGCUGAAUUUCUUUCUAAAUAUGGGAGCUCGGUGUCUUGACUUGUUCCCUAUGAAAUUCCUAAAUCAACCAUCCUGACAACCUAAAAGGAAGAAAAAACAUUUGGCAAUAAAAACCUGCCAAAGACUGCU